UAGACAGAUCCGUUCGACAUGGGCGUCGGCCCUUCCGUCGCCGACGGCGGCGACACCACGGCGGUGACGGGGUCCAUCAGCGAGGUGCCCAAGGUGUCCGGCACCCACGAGUUCACGAUCCGCGAGUACAGCCGCACCAAGGGCAUGGGCGUGGGCAAGUCGAUCCUGUCGCAGUACUUCUCCGUCGACGGCCGCCGCUGGUACAUCCGCUUCUACCCGGACGGCUACAGCACGGCCGACGGCGCCUGGGUCGCCUUCUACGCGCAGACGCUCUACAAGCCGCAGUUCCGCCCCGUGCGCGCCGAGUUCACCUUCCAGCUCCUCGGCCCCAACGGCGACGUCCGCCACACGCGCCGCUCCGAUCGCGCCUGCAAGUACGACACCUUCUGCAACAGCUGGGGCAUCCGCCGCUACAUCACCCGGGAGCAGCUUGAGAGCGCCGCGCUCGGCGCCAUCCACGCCGACUCCAUCACCGUCCGCUGCACCGUCACGAUCCACCUGGCGCGGAGGAGGAGCCUCGCCAUCAACCGCCCGGGCCUCGUCCAGAUGCCGCCGCCGCCGCCGUCCAACCACGGGGAGAACGCCCUCAGGUUCCUCGCCGGCGGGAAGGCCCCCUUCGACGUGCGCUUCGACGUGGACGGCGAGAUCUUCGAGGCGCACCGGAUGGUGGUGGCCGCGCAGUCGGCAUGGUUCGAGAGCCUCCUCUACGGCCACGGCCGCGAGGCGGGCAAGGACGUCCUCGAGGUCGGCGGCGGCAUUGUCACCCCGGAGGCGUUCCGGGGCGUGCUCCACUUCAUCUACACCGACGAGCUGCCUCCCGAGGCCGCCAAAGGGAGGGGGUCGUACGACCUGACGCUGCGGCUGUUCGAGGCGGCCGACUACUACCUCAUCGAGAGGCUGAAGCUGAUGUGCGCGUGCAGGCUGGGCGACUUCAUCAAGGACUCCACCGUGGACGCGCUCAUGGAGAUGGCGGAGGACUACUCGUGCAAGGACCUCGCGCAGGCGUGCCGGAACUUCGCGGCGCGCAGGGGCCUGAGUUUGGCAGCGAUAAAGAGGAGAUUAUUGUCCAGCGGCGCUGCUCCGGCGACGAGGAGGAUCAUGGACGUGCCGGCGCCGUCGACGAGCGGCUGA